AUGGACUAUUCUACUCUCCGCGAUACAUUCAAGCGCGACGCCUGGACCGAUACGCAAGAGCGAAUUCUGCUUGAGCCGUUCACAUAUCUCAACUCAGUACCCGGCAAGGAGGUGCGAUCGCAGCUCAUUGCGGCAUUCAACGCGUGGCUUAACGUUCCUGAGCCGGACCUCGAUGUCAUCCGCCACAUUGUGUCCAUGCUGCACAAUGCGAGUCUACUCAUGGACGACGUCGAGGACGACUCGGAACUGCGCCGUGGAGUGCCUGUCGCACACCAGAUAUACGGCGUGCCGCAGACAAUCAAUACGGCCAACUAUGUUUACUUCCUCGCAUUUCAGGAGCUGCUUAAGCUGCGGGAACGUGGCGGCAAGGAAACGCCCGACCUCGUGGGCAUGGUGACUGAGGAACUCCUCAACCUGCAUCGGGGACAGGGGCUGGACCUUUUCUGGCGCGAUAGCUUGACCUGUCCAACGGAGGAGGAAUACGUUCAGAUGGUGCUUGGGAAGACCGGGGGCCUGUUUCGCAUCGCUGUCAAGCUCAUGAUGGCGCGGUCUGAGUCCACGUUUGACUUCGUGCCACUCGUCAACCUCAUCUCGGUCUGGUUCCAGAUUCGCGAUGACUACAUGAACCUGGCCUCGGGAACGUACGCCGACAACAAGGGCUUCGCAGAAGACUUGACCGAGGGCAAGUUCUCCUUCCCUGUCGUCCACGGCGUGCGCGCCAACCCGGGCAACCGCCAGAUCCUCAACGUGUUGCAGAAGCGCACGACGUCGCAUGCUCUUAAGGCGCACACGGUAGACUACCUUGCCAAGGAGACGAAGUCAUUUGAGUACACGCGGGGCGUCUUGGAUACUCUCUUGAGGCAAAUCAAGGAGGAGAUUGGGGAGCUCGGUGGAAAUCGCGCUUUGGAGAAGAUCAUCGAGGUGCUUGAAAGCACGCCGACGGAGCACAAGUGAUGUAACUCGGACAACCGGACUAUCGACAGCAUGACUACUCUUGUACCAUACCAUAGCACAUCUACUUGUUUAUACUUGUACACAUAAUGGACGUUGCUUGUAGACAUGGAUGGGUGUCAGAAGGAACCACG